AUGCCUAAUUAUGCGGCCAAUACUAUUAAUGUAGCUACCACAAAUUUUACUUUUGUUGGAUCACCUACUCCAGACUAUUCAAUGAUGUCUCUUGGAUACGACUGCGACCCCGAAAGUAAUACGAACAUCUCUCCUAAAAUCGAGGAUGGAAUGAAUCAAAACGACUCCGACCACGCCGAAAGUAAUACGAACAUGUUUUCUUCCACCAGCCCAUCAACUCUUGACUUCGAUUUUGAUUAUCCAGUUUUGAUUAAUGUCCAUAUCAGCUCUCCUAAAAUCGAGGAUGGAGUGAAUCAAACCGACUUUUUCUUUUAG